CUGUUUUUUUCCCCAUAUCUAGGCUACUCCAAACUCCAACCCAGUUUAAGUAAUUGAUGGAGUGGAGGAAGGAGACUUUCACUCGGUAGAGCAGCAGCUGUCAGCCAACAGGGUUGCAAUAAGGAAACGUCGCCCGAGGGGGAUCGAAGCAGACACGGGAGAGCAGCAGCGGAGACGAGGAGAAGGCGAGGAGAAGGCGAGGAGACUGCUUCAGGUGUUGUACGAGUCGCGAUGGAGGCGCGCGGCGUGCGUGAUUAGAGGGGAGCUCACCGCUUCUGGAAAGCACUCGCUUUGUUAAGGUGGAUUACAAAGUGAAAAAAAACAAAAAAUAAAACGCCUUUGUCUAGCUGUCUACUUCACGUGGCUGGAUUACCUUAGAACCAUGAACGUGUCGCCCCCGGACCGCAGGAAAAACGUGCGGGAGCUGGCUUUGGAGAUCGGCAUCCGCGUCAUGCUUUUCGGAGUUUUUGUAUUUACAGAGUUUCUGGAGCCCUUUGAGAGAGUGAUUCAACCAGAGGAGCUUUGGCUCUACAAGAAUCCUCUGGUUGAGUCAGACCACAUUCCCAAGAGGGUCAUGUUCGCAAUUUCAUUCCUUACCCCACUGGCGGUGAUAUUCGUGGUGAAGAUAAUUCAGCGGACGGACAAGACGGAGCUCAAAGAGGCAUGUUUGGCUGUGUCCCUGGCCCUCGCCCUGAAUGGAGUCUUCACAAACACCAUCAAGUUGAUUGUUGGCAGACCCAGGCCCGACUAUUUCCAACGUUGCUUCCCAGACGGACAAGUAAAUGCGAAGAUGCUGUGCACCGGGGAGCCAGAUCUAGUCUCCGAGGGACGCAAGAGCUUCCCCAGCAGCCACUCCUCCUUUGCAUUUUCCGGCCUUGGCUUCACCUCCUUCUACCUGGCGGGGAAGCUGCAGUGUUUUACGGAUCAAGGUCGAGGGCGUAGCUGGCGUCUCUGCGCCAUGGUGCUGCCCCUCUACAGCGCCAUGAUGAUCGCGUUGUCCCGGACUUGCGACUACAAACACCACUGGCAAGACGCCUUUGUCGGAGGAGUGAUCGGGUUGCUGUUUGCGUACUUCUGCUAUCGCCAGCACUACCCCCCCUUCCUGCACAUGGACUGCCACCUGCCUUACGCCAGUCUGGCUGCCGCCGCCCACACGCCCUCACAUCCCCAGGACGACCCGCAGCCCACAGACAAUGCCACCACCCUUCCCCUGGAGGGCUUGACUGAAGGGCCAGUAUGACUAGUGGCCGCCACCGAGACUCCCCCCAACACCCUCACCAAGCCAGCGAGCCCACCUCCUCGUGCCCAGUGACUGUUUGGCUUUCGUACACAUUCCAGUGGACAAUAAUACACCCCACCCAUCUCCAUGCUGUUGCACCCCGUCUCGGUGACACCUGCAUUCAUUAAUUUAUUUUUUUAAAUAUCUGAUUCUCGCGCAGCAGCCUUGAAAGUCUAUAUUUAGAUGUGAUGUGUGAGAGGAACCUACGAAUAUGGGACAUCACCGCAGAGAGGGAAGAGAGAAAAACAUGUUGGAAACCUGAGGAAACACGUCUUGCUAAUGGCUGGGAAGGAAGAUGAAAAUAUCGCCAGCUUUUGCUGGAUUAUUGCUUAAUGAGAAAUGUUGUCAGCUUGUUUCAUGCUGGGAUACAUUUAACUAUGUUUGGCUGUUAAAGAAUGGGGACCACAAGCCCCAUGAAAUGUCACAGCAAUCAAACCAUGAAAUCAAACCAGUGUAACGAUUAGAAUACUGUUUGUUAUAUGUCACACUAAGAAUGAAAUUAUGGGAUAUUUGUCAGUAACUGUAGCGCCAGAAAUCCAGUGACAUUCUGUGCGUUUCAGUUCGACUUUUAGAUGCAUGUUCAUUUAAAACACAUGGGACACUGCUUACAGUUAUUUUUGGUUGUGCCAUUGCAACAUAAAUAUAUAUAGAACAAACAACUCUUGGAGAAAAGCACUGCUCUAUGAAAAAGAGAGGAUCCAAUGUUCCCAAACUGUUCUCUUCUACAUUCACCCAUUUGUUAUCGUUCCAUUCCUCCCUGUUCUCUCGGGGUUUGUAUAAUUUUCCAGUGCAGUCCUGCAUAUCGGCCCAUUCUCAAUUCUCUUCCCCUCCUUGUCACCACUAUAUUUUUCACAAUCCCUGCAUUUCCUCAGAGGUUUCACGGGGACAUGAACCCAAAUUGUAGCUCAAUGAGUCCAAUCGGAAACCAGCAGGUGGAAGUGUGUCGGGACAGGCACAAGCCCCUAUGUAAUUCUGCACUAAUGCUCAUUAAGGGGGCUCCGCCACUGCAGCUCAUGAGCACAUUAGGACUAUAUGAGGUGCCCCACAGGUAUUGCAAAUGACUUUCAGCUCUACUGUGGCCCCACAAAUAGACAAUCUAGCAUUCAGGUCUCGACAGGCCUGAACCCGGGGCAGCGAUUGGGAUGUAUUAUUCAUCCACAUCCAUAUUAAUAUGUCCAGCCUUAAUUGAGGUACAGCACGUCCAAACAAACACCAACGUCUUUAUUUCCUGCUUGGGUUGCAUGCACCCUGCAAUGCGUUAAGGGUCACACAUUCGAGACACAUUCGAUGACACAUUCCCUAUCAUCCAUGAAGCAAUUAGUAGCCUCUUACAAGUUUUGUUAGGGAGGAUGGGUCAUUUUGUUACCUUGGUUACUAUGUCAUUUGUUCCCAUUGCUGUGACAUUAAUGGGAAGGUGCAAUCUCAGCCCAACCUCUAACCCAACCAGACUUCAUGCUUUUGGAAGGCAAUGAUUCUAUAUAGCACUGAAAGCUCAAGUGUUAAAAUCAGGAGAUGGCCCAGUGAUACGAAACGAGCAGCAAGCCAAAUGUAGGAGGUUGAUUUGUAAUUUUAUUAUCUUGCAUGUAUUAUGUUGCAGAAUGUUGGUCGAGCCUGUUUGUAUGUUUGUGUCCACUAUCGAAAGACGUGUGUGUUUUUAUGUAGAAAGUAACAGCUGAAACAGCUGCUUAUUGUUUAAAAGAGACAAGGAGAGCUUUUCUCUGAUUGAUAAUUAUUUUAAACAUUAUUUACUCAAAUCAGCCACAAUCAAGCCUCCAUCACUAAAGCAACCCAUCGGCAGCUUCUUCAAACUGCGGAUGUGCGUGUGCGUGCGUGCGGCUUUUUGACGAGGCCAAUCCCGCACGGAUGCAAUACAAAAUAAAAACUUUCCACAGAAUGAACUCCUCCCCAGAGAGGAAAAAGGUGCUCGACUCUGCACACCAGACUCUGUGACGGGACUUGACGAGACUCUGAGAGUUGACUGGAGAGAAACUUGUACCCUCCUCGCUGGUUCUCGCACCUGAAGAUCUGUGACUGCGAGAGUUUGACAUCUUGAGGCAUAUUUGGGGAUGAAAUGAUUGUGACACGGAUUCGUUAUGUUCCGUAGACCUGCAUUCGCCUGACUUGGCAGCCUGACGUUUGUACUUUGUCAUUUUAGUAUUAUUCUAUUAGAUGGUGCAGUGUGUAUUGGAAAAAAAAACAAUGUUGUUCAGAGGUCAUGUCUGUAACAGUAUUUUCACUUUCCCACUUCAAAUCAUUCCACAAUUUGUUAUCAUUUGGUGCUAUGGAUACUGUUGUAGCAGUAGGUGUCAGUCUUUUCAAAUGGUGAAUGUGUCAUUAUGAAAUGAAAGUUCAGUACUUUUCUACGGAGACCGAAAAAAAGAUGAUAAUACAGUCCAUGUUUCCUUUUUUCUCUUUUUCAAAUCAGAUGCACAAGGGCAACCAGUGUGUGUAAUUCUGUGAAUUUUCAAUCAUUUCACCUUCCCAAGGACUCAAGGGAUAAAAGUCACAAAAAAAAAAUAAGAAUAAUGAAAUGAUUAUAAAAUUAUAAUGAAUAGAUGUCUGAAGAAUCUUUGUUCAUGGCAUGCCAGUUCCAUAUGUGAGAAAAGAGUGUUUUCUAUGAAUAAGCAUGUCUGGCCUUGAGAACUCUUUGAGCUGUGUUUUGCUGUUUAUAUACUUUAUGUACAAUAAAGGACUGCAGCUGUGGGAAAUGUGUCCAACAAAAGAAGCCUAAUGUACCUAAUGAAGCCUAA